AUGAAUAUUUUAUUUGAAAAACUAGUUUCAAUAAAAAAAACAAGAAAUUAAUAAAAAAUAUACAAAUAACUUAGUAAAUAAUAUAAAACCAGAAGAUUUAUAAUAAAAGAAAUUUAUCAAACAGAGAAAAAAUAUGUAGAAGACUUAAAGUUGAUUUAUGAAUUGAUUGUCGAAAAAUAUAUAAAUUCAUAUGGAAUUGAAGAGUCGAAAAAAUUGUUUUCAAAUAUUAAAGAGAUUAUAGAAGUUAAUGAAUGGUUUUUAGACAAAUUAAGGUUUAGAAUUGAAUCAGAAAAUCUAAAAUACUAGAGAAGAUAUAAAUUAUAAUAUGAAUUAUAGGAUUAUUAUGGACAUGAAAAUAGCAAAUUAUUUUUUUUUAAAAAUGAACAAUCAAUAUUGACUUAAUUUGAAUGUUAUUUUAAAUAUUGUGAGAGAUAUAAUACAAAUAAACAAUAAAGAAGUAAAUUAAAAGAAGAGAAUGAAUAUUUUAAAUAAUUGAUAAUUGAAGCUGAAAGAAAUCCUUAAAUGAAAUCUAAUUAAAUAGAAGAUUAUUUUAUAAAACCAAUUCAAAGAUUACCUAAAUAUAUUUUGCUUUUUAAAGAUCUAAAAAAAAAUACUCCAAAUAAAUAAAGUAGUUCUAAAUUCUAGUGUAAUAAAGAUUUUGAGCAUCCUGAUUAUAAUAAUAUAUGUUUAUUACUCAGUGAAUUUGAAAAGAUUAACGAUUAAAAUAAUGAAAAAAUAGGUGAAUUUUAAAAUAUAUAAAAAAUGGUUGAUAUACAGAAGUAAUAUGGAAGUGAAAAAUUAAUUAUACAUGAUAACAGAAGACUAUUUGUUUUUGAGGAAAACCUUGAAUUUUAUGUAAAUUCUUCUUCAAGAAAAAAUAUUUCUUUAUUAUGUUUUAGUGAUGCCAUCUUAUUAAUUGAAGUUGAUUAUUCAGCUGUAUUCGGUGCUAAAUAAAAAUGUAUAGCCAUGAGUGAAUUCUCUCUUGCAUCUGAAUUUAAUACAAUUGAUUCCAAAUAAGGUUUGUUAUUUAAAGUAACAACCAAAUAAAGAGUAUUUAUUUUUAUUGCAAAUGAUAUCUAAUAAUUAUAGAAGAUUGAAAGAUUAUUAAGAGAAACAUUUGAUAAAUUCAUUUAAGACAAAAAAAGUAUGCUUGAUGAAAAAGGAGGCAAUAAUGAGAAUAAUUGGGAUUAAGCAUAAAUAUUAGUACGUAUUGAAGGAACUGAGGAAUAUAAUCUAGCUUCUCUUCAAAAUUAUACAGUAUAUAUAAUAAAAAUAUAAUUACAAAAUAUAUAAUGGAAAAUAUAUUUGAGAUAUUCAGAGAUACUUAAAAUUUAUAAAUACAUCAUAAAGCGUGAUUCUAAUUCUAAUGUAUCAAAAUUAUAAUCUAGUAAUUGGUUAUAAAUCCAUAAUAAUAAAUAUUUAGAUUCCCUUAAAAUUAAUAUUGAAGCUUUUAUUUAAAGUAUAUUUUAAUGGAAAAUAUUUGAGAAGUAUAAAUCAAAAAUACUUACAAAAUUAGGUAUUCCUACAAACUUUAAUAUAUUAUCAAAAUUUAUGGGAGAUGAUAAUGAUUUAAAGAUUUCAAGAAAUCAAUCAGUAAUAUCUGAAAGUCAAGAUUCUAUUGAAUUUUUAGCUGAAAAACUAAAUCAAUAAUUUUUAGAAGAGUUAAAAAUUUCACAUUUAUUAAAAUCUUAUAUUAGUAAAUCCGAUGACAAAAUUAUCUCUUUUAAUAUUAAAUUGAUAUUACCUGGAUGUAUAAUAGUAAAAGAGGAAGUUAUCAAAGAUCCAAACAGCAAAGUUGUAAGUUGGAUUAUUAACAGUAAAACUAAAUAAGGAGAAAUUGUUAUAAAAAUAGAUAAUCUAACAAAAGCAAUGGAAUUAUGUGAAAUUAUAGCCAAAGCAAUAUAACUAUAAGAAUUUUAUGAUUUUAGAUUAUUUGUAACAGAUUAAAGAGGUAAUACAAGAUCAUUAGAAAAUAAUCAAAUUGUUUUAUAAUCAGUUCCUUCUCAUAGAAACAUUCUUCCAUCAUCAAGCUCUAAGUUUUUCACUUUAUUUGAUGAAUCUUAUUAACUAGAAUUUUGGAAGUAUAUUUUUUUUCCAUAGAUAAUUGAAUAACAUUUAUAUAGAUAAGAUGAAACUAGAUUAAAAUUGAUAGUGGAAUAAUUUUUAAGAGAAGUUAAAAUUAGUCAUUUAAAUCCAAAAAUAUGUUCAAUUAUAUAUACAUUAUAUAUUCUAAUUUAUAAAGACAAUAAGGAUUGGGAAAAAUAAACUAAUUUAUUAGAUAGGGAAAUUUUGAAGAAUCUUAUUUUGUCUUAUAUUAGAAAAUCAUAAACAGAUCAAACAUGGAAUGUAAUUUUUUUGUUAAUUAAUAGACUUUAGUAAAGAAUUAAAUGAAAGUCAUUUAUCCUGAGAUUAAAAAUCUUGUAAAAUAGAAUGAGAAAUUAAUCUAUUAAUAACACAUUAAUAUGAAAUAAUAAUAGAUUUUCACAAAUAUCUAAAAUUUAGCUAGAAUUGCAAUGAUAAAUUAAUAUUCUUAGCUUCCUUUUUGGGGAAUUGUAAUUUUUUAUGUCGGUAUUAACAUGAUGGAUGAAACAAAUAAGAUUCUAAAAUCAAUUAUUUCAAAUGAAUUACCUAACUUAUAUCUGGGUAUAUCAUAUAAUAUGUUUUAACUGUUAAGCCCUGGGACAAAAAGAUUACUCUGUUCUUUUAAUAUUGCUUAAAUAAAUAAAGUUACUGUAGAACCCAUUUACACUUAUAUAGAAAUUUCAAAUAUACAUUUAAAUGAAGAAAUUAGAAUCAUAUAAUUGAAAUUUAAAACUAUUGAAGGAUAUAAGAUAUCAUAAUUAAUCAAUGAUUUUAAAAAUCUAAAUUAGCAAUAUCCUCAAUUAUCAUUAUUAUAAAAAAGUUAGAAAUGA